AUGGCUGCGGAGGAGGAGGACGAGGUCGAGUGGGUGGUGGAGAGCAUCGCGGGAUUCCUGCGAGGCCCGGACUGGUCCAUCCCCAUCUUGGAUUUUGUGGAGCAGAAAUGUGAAGUUUUUGAUGAUGAAGAAGAAAGCAAAUUGACCUAUACAGAGAUUCAUCAGGAAUACAAAGAACUAGUUGAAAAGCUGUUAGAAGGUUAUCUCAAAGAAAUUGGAAUUAAUGAAGAUCAAUUUCAAGAAGCAUGCACUUCUCCUCUUGCAAAGACCCGGACAUCACAGGCAAUUUUGCAACCCGUGUUGGCUGCAGAAGAUUUUACUAUCUUUAAAGCAAUGAUGGUCCAGAAAAACAUUGAAAUGCAGCUGCAAGCCAUUCGAAUAAUUCAAGAGAGAAAUGGUGUAUUACCUGACUGCUUAACAGAUGGUUCUGAUGUGGUCAGUGAUCUUGAACAGGAAGAGAUGAAAAUCCUGAGGGAAGUUCUUAGAAAGUCAAAAGAAGAAUAUGACCAGGAGGAAGAAAGAAAGAGAAAAAAGCAGUUAUCAGAGGCUAAAACAGAAAAACCCACGGCGAAUGCUGAUGAAACCACAAAAAUGAGUAAUUCCCAGGGGGAUGGUGAACAUGAUGCACACUCACCCUUAGAAGCGAAAGCGCAUUUUGCUAAUUCAGCAGCGGAACCUUUGGCAGGAAAACUGGAAAUGUUGCCUGAAACAUCUUCACUCCCACAAAAAGGCCUGAAGGUUCCUGGCUUUGAAUUUGCAAGGACCGAAGGACCAAUAGCAAAUUUAUCAACACUUGGAACAGAAGAGCUGCGGCAACGAGAGCACUAUCUCAAGCAGAAGAGAGAUAAGUUGAUGUCCAUGAGAAAGGAUAUGAAGACUAAGCAGGUGCAAACUGCAGAGCAGAAGGGAAAACCUACUGGGGAAGGAGAGGAAAUGACAGAGAAACCAGAAAUGACAGCAGAGGAGAUGCAAACAUUACUAAAGAGGAGAUUGCUUGCAGAGAAACUUAAAGAAGAAGUUAUUAAUAAGUAA